CCUCAAGUUUUUGUCUCCAGCGGUCAGGUUUCCCUAGUCGGUAGACCCACGGAGAAGGCCUGAGAGUGGUGCUCCCCGCCUCACAGCCAAUGGUGGGAGCCUCCAGUGGUGCUCACAGCUCCCACGUGGGAUUGAAGCUCGGAGUCACCACCCGGACCCACGCCAGGGCCGGGACAGGGACCGCCAUUCCUGCAGCGGCUUCUACUCCCGCCCCGCUCAGCCCACAGAGGGCAAUGGCGGCGCCCCCGCUGAGGAGACGGGCUGAGGUUGGCGUGACCUUUGAGGACAUUGCCCUGUACUUCUCCAGGAAGGAAUGGAGCCUCCUUGAUGAGGGUCAGAGACAGCUGUACCUGAAUGUGAUGCUGGACAACUUUGAACUUAUAUCCUCGCUGGGUUGUUGCUGUGAAGAAGAGAAUGUGGAAGUCCUGACUGAACAAAAGGUUUCUGGAAGAUUGUCACAGAGAGUUCACACUGGAGAAAAGCCUUAUCAGUGUAGUGAAUGUGGAAAAUCUUUUACUGCUAAUACCCACCUUCAUCGACAUCAGAGAGUUCAUAAGGGAGAAAAAUCUUAUAAAUGCGGUGAAUGUGGAAAAUCUUUUACAAGGAGCAGUGUUCUUCACUAUCAUCAGAGGGUUCACACUGGAAAAAAGCCGUAUCAAUGCACUGAAUGUGGUAAAUCUUUUACCUAUAAGUCCAAAUUUCAUCGUCAUCUGAGAGUUCACACAGGAGAAAGGCCUUUUCAAUGCAGUGACUGUGGGAAAUCUUUUACCCAGAAGACACACCUUCAUCGUCAUCAGAGAUUUCAUAGGAGAGAAAAUCCUUUUCAAUGCAGUGAAUGUGGGAAAGCUUUUACCGCUAAGACCCACCUUCAUCGACAUCUGAGACUUCAUUUGGGAGAAAAGCUUUAUGGAAAAACUUUUACGCAGAGCACUGGCCUUCGUUAUCAGGUAGUUCAUACAGGAGAAAAGCCUUUUCAGUGCAGUGAAUGUGGGAAAUCUUUUACCCGGAGCACUCACUUUCGUUUUCAUCAGAGAGUUCAUACAGGAGAAACGCCUUAUAAAUGCACUGUAUGUGGGAAAUCUUUUAAAACGAGCAAUGGUCUCCAAUAUCAUCAGAGAGUACACACUGGAGAAAAGCCUUAUCAAUGCAGUGAAUGUGGAAAAUCUUUUACCUCUAAGACCAUCCUUUGUCAACAUCAGAGAAUUCAUUCGGGAGAAAAGCCUUAUAAAUGCAGUGAAUGUGGGAAGUCUUUUAUCCAGAGCAUUGAACUUCGUUAUCAUCACAGACUUCAUACAGGAGAAAAGCCUUAUAAAUGCAGAGAAUGUGGGAAAUCUUUUACCCAUAGCUCCACUCUUUAUUAUCAUCACAGACUUCAUACAGGGGAAAAGCCUCAUAAAUGCAGUGAAUGUGGAAAAUCUUUUACACGUAGCAGUUCUCUCCAAUAUCAUCAGAGUGUUCACACUGGAGAAAAGCCUUAUAAAUGCAGUGAAUGUGGGAAAUCGUUUUUUGCUAAGACCGACCUUCAUCAUCAUCAGAGAGUUCAUACUGGAGAAAAGCCUUAUAAAUGCAGUGAAUGUGGAAAAUCAUUUCAAAGUAGAAAAGGUCUCCAAUAUCAUGAGAGAGUUCACAGUGGAGAAAAGCCUUAUCAAUGCAGUGAAUGUCAAAAAUCUUUUACCACUAAGGCCGUCCUUCAUCGUCAUCAGAGAGUUCAUACGGGAGAAAAACCUUAUAAAUGCAGUGAAUGUGGAAAAUCUUUUACAAGUUGCAAUGGUCUCCAAUAUCAUCGGAGUGUUCACACUGGUGAAAAGCCUUAUCAAUGUAGUGAAUGUGGGAAAUCUUUUACCCAGAGCACUGCCCUUCAUUAUCAUCAGAGACUUCAUACAGGAGAAAAGCCUUAUCAAUGCAGUGAAUGUGGAAAAUCUUUUACAAGGAGCAGUAGUCUCCAAUAUCAUCAGAAGAGUUCACACUGGAGAAAAACAUGAGUGCAAUUAAUAUGAGGUAUCUCUCAGCCAAAUUUCUAAAUUCGCUCUGCACAUAUGAGUCCAAAUGUGAGAAAUUUCUUAGAUUUGUAGGAAAUGUAGUUUCUUAGUUAGGACUUAAUAUUAGUACAAGAAAAUUUGUGAGUCCUCAUUUUUCUGAAUUGUAUCUGAUACAUUUAAUCACCUACAUUAUGUAAAGUUCUCAUAAGUGUUUUUGUUGUUGUCUUUGUUUUUAUGUUGGAACACUAUGUAAUUAUGUUGCACUUUCUAACAUACAGAGAUGUCCUGCCAGAUCUAUGUCACUGAAUAUUUCUUUUGAAGGUAUUUUACGUGAACCACCUAUAAGGUCCCUACAGAUGGUGUCAAUCACCAUCCUCAUGUGCCCAGGGAAGCAAAGUCUGUUGUCUUUUUUGUUGAAGAAAAUAAGGAAUACCUGAGCCCAUAGUUCUUUCUUUUUUCCCUGUCAUUCAUUGCCACAUAGGACUCAUGACUGUUGGCCCCAGUAAACAUAAUGUUGCAGAGGGAAUGCUUUCCCUACAUGCCAUUGAUUAAUUUAUUGAGUGCCUGAGUCAUCAGUGGAAGAACUGCCAGUCUCAUAUCUUUUUGGUUUGUACAAUAAAGAAGGAUUUUUCCUAAGACUUCUUUAAUCUUGGGUGUUUUAUUUACUGCGUGGGUUAGCUUUAAGGAGAUUGGAGCUCUCCAAGCAUGAUGAGGUGAACAACUUUUAUGGGGUCUCAAACCUUUUUGCCCUUGGGGCAACAGUAUGGUGCAGAAAUUAGCUCAGCAGUUUUUGCCUAAUUUACACUGCUGCCCAUAUUUUCCUAGGAAAUACUCUGGACUCUCUGAUCCUCAUGUGAUGUCUGGAUGCGUUGAGACACAGAGAUCACUCCAAAGAGGGGGUAGUUGUGACAACCUCAAGUAUGUCUGGGAGCAUGAAUUUUUUUCUUGUUUGCAAGGGAUUCCAAUACAUGUGAAGGCUAUGUCUUGCCCAGGUCUUGCAGAGGGCCAUGUGCCCUAAUGCCUACAAUUUCACAGAUGAUGGUCACUGGUUUGAGGACAAUGGCAUUCAGGGGAAACCCUUUCACUACAGAAACGCUGACCUAAUUAUUGUUGGACGAGACUGCAGCCCAUUAGAUGGAAUGGUCCUCACCUAACUGGGCAUCCAGGAAUUAUUUUGGGGAAAAGACUAUAAGAGCUGUGUGUACACAGAUCGGAGGGGCCCCAGGCAUGUUUAUCUUUUGUGGAGCAGUCAUUGUCAUUGAUUAUAAUCGAGAUGUUUUGUGCCUCUUAUAGCUUCUCAGAUGUUCUCAUCAGAGAGCCAUUGGUGCUCAGGCAGUAAAACAAAGGUGGAAGCAAAGGCUGUCUAUAGUGCAAGGGUGUGGCUUUUGUGGGUUUGGGUGAAAGUUCAUUGUUUGUUAUAGUUUCUCUACUGACAUGAGACCCUCACUCAGAGGGCAUAUGAAUGUGGAGUGAAUAUAGAGUUGCGAAACCUGUUCUUCUAAAGUAGAUGAACGUACAUUUGUUUUAUCUUGAACCAUUUUUACCAGCUGUAAUGAGUAAGUUACAUGUGUAAGUAUAGUGUUUCAUACAUCUUGACAUGUGCAUUAAACUGAAACUAUCAUUAUAGUCAUAAUGCUGACUAUAUGUUUUACUGUGUCAUUGCUUCAUGGCCUAUUUUAACCUGUCCCUUUUCUUCAAAGCUUUCCUAGUUUCCGUGGAUUUACAUUCCAUUUUCAUAGAGAACUUUAUUUUUUUAAGUAUUUUUUGCUUUAAUUGAUUUUUCAUAUACUUGUGGAUUUAUUCAAGUUAUAUUAGUAACUAAACUUUUUUUCUGAUAGAUAUUCUUUUUUAAAAAUAAUAUAUUUUAUUGAGGGAAGUUUCCAGAACGCUUGGUGUGAGGUGGAGGAGCAGCUGCUGCCUGAGCUGCUCACAGCAACACGCUCUUUCCAGCUCCUCCACACCUGCCUCGGCCUUCUCACCGGCUGUCAAAUAUGAUGAAAGCAACCACUUACUAUGAUGUUUUGGGGGUCAAACCCAGUGCCACCCAGGAAGAACUGAAAAAGGCUUAUAGGAAGCUGGCCUUGACGUACCACCUUGAUAAGAAUUCAAAUGAAGGGAGAGAAGUUUAAACAGAUUUCUCAAGCUUACGAAGUGCUCUCUGAUUCUGCUUCCUGAGUGUGUCCCUUAUGUAUGCGAGGAAUUGAAGCCUGCCUUUUUUUGGGUUGGGCUGCAGAAGCACAAGAGUUUCUCUUUGUGCCACUGGCAUGUCUUGGGCGGGGAUGUAAAUUGAGUAGGGCGGGGUCUCCGGGAGACACCAGGGCAGAGCCAAGGGCAAUGGCAUCUCCGCGACUCCCUGGCUCUCCGCGACUCCCUGCGCAUCUCAGCGUCCCUGAGUGCUGGCGAGCAGCUUUGUGAAAAAGCAUCCCUUACUCUCUGACCCGCUGCAAGGCCGUCCCGCCACUCCCAGUAGGGGUCUGGGACCUCAGAGUCCCGCUGAGUGGAAUUGACAGUAUGUAACCCCUUCCAAUUGGAAAAAACCGUGCAUCCAGUUGCAGCCAGCCUGGCGCGUGACUCCGCACCUCUGUUCUUGGAGCCUCUGCGUAUCCUACUCAGUCUCAAUGCUGUUCUUUAUUUCCUUCCAGUCGUAGAGUUUCCACAGGGCCAGCUUUCCCAUGGUUCUGAAAGACAGCUGUUUGUCUUAUAGUUGGUAGUUUCGAUGCCGUUGUGGGAGGCAGCAUGCACAGGUCCGUACCCUACACCGCCACCUUGGUUCUCCCCCAUCUGAUAUUUUCUCUUGGUACAAAUUUCAAGAAUUGUCACUGAGUCCAAGAAUACAUCUCAGGCUACUUCAAUAUAUUUUAGAGAUGAAGGCAUAAUUUGUUUGUAUGCAUUCCUUCUUUAUUACUUUUUAUAUUUCCUUGUGGGCUCACUUGGCACCUUCACAUAGUUGCUGGCACUUGAACAGGAACUUUUGUUUAAGUGUUGUUAGCACCAUCUAGCGGUAGGACAGCAAAACCUGGUCAUGGUGGUUCAGGUCUGUUGCUUGUUUUUUUACGCAGCCCUUCUAGGAUCCUUUAACACGCAAUGUAGACGAUAAUGGCCUGAAAGUGAACUGUGGCAUGCACACUCGCCAUGUUUGGCCGGGGCAGCCUCUCUUUAUGCAGAGCCAUCAGACCUCUCAAUGGGGCCAGUGAAUAACAUUCACUGCUGGCAUUUUAUAUACAGUAGUGAAUGAGUGAUGGACUGUAACGAUAAUAUGCUCACUACUUGCUGUUGUUUUUGUUUUAAUAUUCAAGUAUAGUAGUGUUUUAAAAGUUAUAUGAAGAAUAAACUCAAAUACUCAAAUAUAAAAGCUCUGAAAAGAAUAUUUACAUAUAUUUUAUUGAUUUUACAGAAAGGAUGGGAAAUGGGUAGAGAGUUAGAAACAUCACUCAAGCCAUCAGCUGCCUCCUGCACUGCCCCUACUGGGGAUAUGCCUGCAACGGAUGUACAUGCUCUUGACCAGAAUCAAAUCUGGGACACUUUGGUCCACAGGCCAGCACUGUAUCCACUGAGCGAAACUAGUUAGGGCUCUGAUAGAUAUUGUUAUCAUUGAUAUAUCACCAUCAGUUUGUCCAUUUU